AGCGUUCGCAUCGCUUUAUGAUACGAGUUUGAGUAUUAAGUCGCAUUUGGAGUCUUUCUGCAACGACAAUCGCAAUGGUUUGGUCGAAUACGUUCCUCUCGAUUGGUUUCGUUUUUUUGGGAUGUUUCUCGUUCCUCAAGUGUCAAUCCGUCCAAAAUGUUUGCAAGCCAUUUGCGCCACCAAAGAAUGGUGCAGCAAGAUGCAUCAAUUWUGGCAAAGUCUUAGGUUGUACAGUAGCAUGUAGAGACACUUAUGAUUUCGUCUACAAACCCGCUAAUUCAUACAGUUGUAUUAAUGGAAAGUGGGAUACUUGGUCACCAGCAAACGACCAUGACCCAAGGGAACAAUGGCCUGACUGCUCAAAAAGAACAAACCCGUCACAAGCAGCCAUAAAAGCAUUACCACAGUUCUAUUUCAAGGGGGAUUGUAAUGAUYSCAAUGUACAGGMRCAACUAAAGMAAGRCUUUGUGACUAUYUUGUCCCCUCCAAAUGCUCCUCCGUUCUUCUGCCWCUUCAAUCCACARUGCAAUGCUCAAAAUACUAUAGUUUACUGUGGAGCUGCGUGUGGAAAAUAAMACGUAAGGCAUGAUCAAAGAUCGGUGCAGAGUUGUUCUGAAAUGCUAUUUAGAAAUUCAUCGGCCAGGAAUUUUAGAUUGAAAUUAAUACAUAAUUGUAUGAAAUAGCUAGAAAAAUGACGUGUUUAAUAAUUUAUCAUAUGAAUAAAUAUGAAAAAAGGAAUUUCA